UAAUGUUAGUUGAAGCUAACCAUUCAUUGCCCGCAUUGGUAGAGUAAGGUUGCCAGUAUUUUGCUUUCAAUUUAUCUAGUUGAGUAUAAGCUUCCAAUUGAACUUGCGCGCUAAGAAACAAUGUUGAGGAUGUUUGGGGCUCUUGUGGCUUUCUGCCUUGGCGUUGCUUUUGCCACGAAUAGUCAAAGUGGAGUUUGUGUCAUCAAACUAGUUAAAGGCAAACUGGUUUCAGUGGGUGAUUGUCAGAAAAACGACGGAUCUGAGAUUGCCAGAUUGAUGAAGCGGGAUCUGAAAAUGAAGCAAAAAGGAAGAUGUGACAUUCUUUAUAAGUCAAAAUGUUUCCAUGCGAUCGUAUAUCCAACCCACAACGCCAACUUUGAAGAUGCUCAGACUGCUUGCGAAAAGCACAAAUGGAAACUGGGCAACGUUUAUGACGUCAUGAAUUAUCUUCUGCUGCAAGACUUCUUUGUUACCAUGAUACCCGCUGACCAGUCACUGAUCAACGUAUGGACUGGAAUGACGUACACGAACGGCAACCUUAGACUGACAUCUGGCAAGGAGGCAACUUUCCCAGAACAAUUGUGGAAACCUUAUUCCAAUAACAGUGGACAAACGUUGUCUUCACUGUCCGAAAAGUUCGAAAAAAGAACGCUCGAGAUAUUUUCAAUAUUGCACCAGACUGGGAGUAUAACGGCGUUCUUUGUGAAAAUUAAGUCAAUAAGGACAGUUGUUUUACAUGGGACUGUUAAGAUUCCGUCUUAUUUUUUCUCUUAGCUUUUCCUUAAUAAUUGUUUCAAGUCUUACAAUGUACUGUAACCUCCCUUUCAACGUGACCCGGUAGCACAAGGUGUCACAUAGAGAAAACUAACAAAUCGAAAACGCAUCUCCCAAAUCCUUGUCCAAACACAACCAAUUGUUGAAAACUUGUAAUGAAAUUGUAAUUCGAAGAAUUGAUAGCAUAACAUGAAAUGCUCAGCAAUACACAAACAUCACAAUUGACGGAAAUGAAAGAUGGAAGACGGUUUUCUAAAACAAAAUAACAUGUCUUAGAACACUUGUAAAACUAAAUAAUACCAAAUUCAGCAAUGAUCCAAAGAUAAAUAACAUAUCGAUAAUAUUUAUGACACCGGGUAAGAAAACUUUGUGAAUCCACGAGAAUACUUCACAAUCUGUUAACAAUGACAAUAUUUAAUACACAUACAUCAGUGAACUUCAAAUUAUGCAACUUAAAAUACUAGCAUUCUUACCC